ACAGUGGGUGGAUCACUGGAACUGGUAUGACCUUACGGACACCAGUCCCAUGAAGCUGGUGGACAUCCAGUUUAUUGGUGCCAUGGGCCCACCGGGUGGGUACAGUUACAGUUUGUUCAUACAGUGUGAGUGGUUGAGGUUGUGUGGACCAACCCCCCCCCACCCCCCCCCACCCACCAACCUCCUCAUUGACCCCCAAUGUGUUGUUUUCAAAUAUUUUAUCAAUAUGCACUUCAAUUCAGUAUCCUUAUAAAUUAUUUCAUUAAUUCAAAAUAUUAUUGAUGCUGAAUUAUAAAAGAAAUGUCCAUCAAUGUUCAAUAGAAAUUAAAUGCUGCUACCAUAAGUUUAGGGGCUUGUUUAAUAAGCUGUUGCAGAAUUUUCGUUUUAUUAGGGCUGCCAAAGCAAAACACUAUAGAUAUAUAGAUGUGAUUUAAUGUGUGAUACAAUUUUGGCCUGUGAUCUCAUUUUUACACAGUUCUAUUUACUCUAUUUUUGCUGUGGACUUGUCUCAAUCAAAUCAUUGUUGGGACAUUGUCUAGAUAAGAGCUGCCUCUUGGAGGAUGUUGCUUGAGUUAUUUACCCUUCAUUGAUGUUUAUGUUAAAUCUGAUUCUUGUAAAGUUCUAUUAUGAUAUAUUUUACCGUAGUCUUCCUCAAAUCUCCACACUUUUCAAAUGUUUCAUCAAAUGGAUAGAUUAAAAAGGUGGAACACACUUUUGUAAAUAUUUAACAUAGACAUUUAAUGCGCUCCAAGGUGGUGGAAGAAAUUUUAUCACUCCAAGAUUUAUAAGACACCUCAACAACAUUGCAAUUAAUGUGUUUGAUGACGAAGCAAUGAUAACAAUAUUCUCACAAAUACUGCAAUGGCAUUUCAAAACUCAGUAAGUCCCUCAUCAUUUUCAUUUAUUCAAGAAAUGCACGGGAAAUGAAAAAAAGGGAGGGGGGGGGGAAAAUGUAAGUCAAUUCUCUUUAAAUGCGGCUAUUCUUGUAUAAAUAUCUGUAUUUGUCUCUCAUACCUUUUUACAAUGGCAUUUCAAAACUCCGUAAGUCCCUCAUCAUUUUCAUUUAUUCAAGAAAUGCACGGGAAAUGAAAAAAAGGGGGGGGGGGGGAAAAUGUCAGUCAAUUCUCUUUAAAUGCGGCUAUUCUUGUAUAAAUAUCUGUAUUUGUCUCUCAUACCUUUUUUCAUUAUGGCACUUUACUGUUGCAUCCAACUUGUGGUUUAUUUUUGUUUCUUUGGUCAAUGUUUGUCUCUCUUUAUUACUAUGUUUUAACCAAGUUAUUGGAAGGUUCCAUUGCUCAAAUGACAUGGCGCAGCAUUUGUCUUAUUUCUAUCAUAACUUAUUUAUUUUCCUGUAACAAGAAGGUGAAGGCCUUGAUUUAAAAAAUUUGCUAGGUUAGGACAAAAAUGUUCAUUAUUUCAAUUGUUUAGAAGAGAAGUCCAUCAACAACUAGUUGAUUUGCAUAGUUUUAAGACUACAAAUUCUUUGUUAACAUUCAUAGUAAUAGUAACUGUACUACAUUUUUCCAAGCUGGUUGUUAUUUCAAUGGAACAUGUAAAGCAGGAGCAUGGGAUUUUGUUGGUAACUAAUUGUGCACAAUAUGAUUAUUAGUUAUAUAGAAUGUGACAUUCCACUUUAUUCCACAGGGAAUUCCCAGAAUCCAUGUUUGUUUGCAUUCCUCAAGUUGUGAGCGGCACAUUGAAAGUUUACCAGCAAGCCAUGUAUAACCUGUUGCCCACCCCUGCC